AUGGAUUCUGGGAUAGAACAGGCCAUUUUGACCAACGAAGAACUGCUUCAAGCAACAGCUGCUAUCUUGAACCAGCAACUCUCAUCGAGCACUUCCCCCGAACCUGACAUACAUUCCAUCCGAUUCUGUUCGGGCUUCCUCAGUCCAAACCAUGAAGCCCACUAUCCAGAUAAUCCAUUCCAAUUGGACUUCACUACCCUUCAAUGUCCUACCCACCCAGAUGAACCGAUCGACCCCCGUCUUACCGAAGGAAACCUUGCAAUCAAUGAAUCGAUCUUCCAUCAUGAUAGUUUGCUUGAACCCAUACCCCCUGUUCCUCAAUCGAAUCAUGCCUCUCAAAUUAUCGCCAAGCCGAAAAAAUCUUCCAAGCGACGGAAGACCAAUCUAAAAAAAUCACAAAACGUCCGCAUACAUGCCUUCGAUAUUCCCACUUGUCCCUUCGAGCAGGCCGACAUCUGUCCUCAACAGUCAAUAUCAGUGAAUGAAAUCAAUAUCCCCCUGAAUGAUUCGGAACAGUCAAACUCUCGCAUCAACGGCAGUCAAGAUUCAUCACUAAGUUCAACAUCCAUAUUCUCUCAACUUCAAUCGAGGGAAGAUGAGUUGACGCAUGAUCAUUCGAUGUAUCAGGCACACCACCAAAGAAAAAGUUCAUCGGCUUCAGUUACGCCACAUACCCGAUGUUCGGUGGGUCAAAUCUCGGAAGCAGCCCAGGUCGAAUCGACGUUCUUGUAUGAUCCAUCUCAUAGUUCGUUUGCCGAGCCUAACAUCCACCCAUCACUACAAGCCAUCCAACCAAAUCUUUCAGCCUUCCCACUUGGUUCGACAUCAUUCCGAUCUCAUAGUCAGACGAAUGCCCAUCAUACCCAGACUAUUCCAAAGACUGCGGAGCCCAAGAAACAGACGUUGGAGUCCCCCAAGCUUUCAGCUUUUCCCACUUUAUAUCGGCCAGAUAGCCAGGUCGAUGUCCAUGGUGCAGGCGCAGGCGGGGGAGCAGCGACUGUUCUCGCGGCAGCGGCAGCCCAGCAGGUCGGUCCCACAGCAGCCACUGGCCUCCAGCAAGACACGAGUGGGGCAACACAGGCGGAUGAUGCUCGGGAAGACGGGAUAGGCGAAAGAGGAUUGGAUGUUGAUAGCGAGCCUCUGCCUACGUCAUACAACCCCGACCAGUUUCGGUCGUGCAAUCGAAUCCAUUGGACUAAGGAGGAGGAAGAGCUCCUGAUGGCCGAAGUCGAGCUCAACUGGGAACGGUACGACUGCAUGGCUCACAUCAUGAAACGACAUGGUCCGAGAGGGUCGGUUUCGAGAGCGUUUGGAGACCGGACGGGGGUCUCUUUGAAAGAUAAAGCAGUCAAUAUCUCUUCAAAAUGGUACCGAGACGGUACCGACGUCAGUGCCGCCAGAAGACGCGCAUUUGCUCGCUUCAGACCCAAACAACUCCGUGGCAAGCCAAGGAACGAACUUCCAGGAAUGGCCUCUUUGCCCGACUCUUCCCUCCCUGAUGCUCACCACCUUCACCAGCAGUCUUCUGCAAGCUCCCAGUGA